GCACGUUGAGUCACCUGAUAGAUAUCAGCCUAUCAUAUCCGAGAGGAUAGGCGAACGGCUAGUGCAGUGGAGAGUUGUCAUGAUUUAGCUUCGGUGUGUCAAAACGGGAACGACGGCGGUUAUUUUUGUGCAAUGCCGAAUAAAGCGAAAAAAGAGAAGGACUCUCCUAAAUAUGGAAAAGUUUGCAAAACUGGAGGUCAAGAGAACUCGGACAUUGAGCAGGGCUCCAACAGAAAAGGCAGUAACAGUGUCCCUCCUACCACUCAGCUGCUGAAGGGCAAGCAGCUGGGUUCCCAGAUGCCUGUCAAGAAGGACAAGAGGCAGAGCUCGUCCCGCUUCAGCCUCAGCAACAACAGAGAGCUGCAAAAGCUGCCCGCCUUCAAAGAUGUCCCUGCGGCGGAGCAGGAGAAGCUGUUUGUCCAGAAGCUGCGUCAGUGCUGUGUCCUCUUUGACUUUUUGUCGGAUCCUCUGAGCGACCUGAAAUGGAAGGAGGUGAAGCGGGCUGCACUCAGCGAGAUGGUGGAGUACAUCACCCACAAUAGGAACGUCAUCACAGAGCCCAUCUACCCAGAGGUGGUGCAUGUGUUUGCAGUGAACAUGUUCAGGACAUUGCCUCCAUCGUCCAACCCCACAGGGGCGGAGUUUGACCCGGAGGAGGAUGAGCCCACGCUAGAGGCAGCGUGGCCACACCUACAGCUCGUCUACGAGUUCUUCCUCCGGUUUCUAGAGUCUCCAGACUUUCAACCAAAUGUAGCCAAGAAGUAUAUCGACCAGAAAUUUGUAAUGCAGCUAUUGGACCUGUUUGACAGUGAAGACCCCAGGGAAAGGGACUUUCUAAAGACCACUCUGCAUCGCAUCUAUGGCAAGUUCCUGGGCCUGAGAGCGUACAUCAGGAAACAGAUAAAUAACAUAUUUUAUAGCUUCAUUUAUGAAACGGAACAUCAUAAUGGAAUAGCAGAGUUAUUGGAAAUAUUAGGAAGCAUAAUCAAUGGGUUUGCCUUACCGUUGAAAGAGGAGCACAAGAUAUUCCUGUUGAAGGUGUUGCUGCCUUUACACAAAGUCAAGUCCCUUAGUGUCUAUCACCCGCAGCUGGCGUACUGUGUGGUGCAGUUUCUAGAGAAGGACAGCACCCUCACGGAACCGACAGUGAUGGCUCUGUUGAAGUACUGGCCAAAGACCCACAGUCCAAAGGAGGUGAUGUUCCUCAACGAGCUGGAGGAGAUUUUGGAUGUCAUCGAACCCUCUGAGUUUGUCAAGGUCAUGGAGCCCCUUUUCAGACAGCUGGCCAAGUGUGUGUCCAGCCCACACUUCCAGGUGGCAGAGAGAGCGCUGUACUACUGGAACAACGAGUACAUCAUGAGUCUGAUCAGUGACAAUGCCGCCAGAAUCCUCCCUAUCAUGUUCCCCUCGCUCUACCGCAACUCCAAGACCCACUGGAACAAGACGAUCCACGGUCUGAUCUACAACGCCCUGAAGCUCUUCAUGGAGAUGAACCAGAAGCUAUUCGACGACUGCACACAGCAGUUCCGAGCAGAGAAGAACAAAGAGAAGGCCAAGUGGAAAGAGCGAGAAGAAGCGUGGGUGAAGAUCGAGAAUCUGGCCAAGUCCAAUCCUCAGUUCCUGGUGUACGUGGACCAGUCAGGCCUGGGUAGUCCCAUGGAGACAGAUGGACCAAUGAUAGAGGACUUCAACAUGCUGAAGAAGACUAUAGAGGAAGAGGCCACACAGCUCCAAAGGAACGAGCGUAAGGAGCGUCCGCUGGUCAGGAGGAAGUCUGAGCUGCCUCAAGACAUUUCCACCGUCAAUGCCCUGGAGACGCACCAGAGGGCCGAGGACAUGGUAACUCCACACGACGGCCACUAGAGACCACACACAGUACAGUCCGAUUCACACUGACAGUCCGAUUCACACUGACAGUCCGAUUCACACUGACAGUCCGAUUCACACUGACAGUCCGAUUCACACUGACAGUCCGAUUCACACUGACAGUCCGAUUCACACUGACAGUCCGAUGCACACUGACAGUCCGAUGCACACUGACAGUCCAAUACGGACGGAAGGACACGACAGACGGACCAGCACAGAAGAGAAGAGAACAGAAUGACCUGGCUGAAAAAAUCUGGAGCUCAAACCAAAUCAGCACAACUCUACUUAGCCCAGUCCAACUAUGACAGUUGAUCCCCAGUCCACUCCAGCCCUGCGCAACAGAUGUCCUGCGCACUGCGCACAGGACGUUAUGGCAUGACCAAACAUGAAAUUGUUUCCCUCGCCCCACCUCCCUAUCCCUCUGUUCUGCUCUCGCUGUCUUGUAAAAGCGCUCUAGGGUGCAGUGGUGCCCCCUUCUGGUUAUUUCUCAGGUUUUCUUUUCUUGUUUUUAUUUGUUUUCUGUUCUUUUUCUCUCAUUAAUGAUGUCAUGUGCUUUGGAAAUCCGACUGGCGAACAGACAUGUAUUAUAGGCACAUGCUGUACGUAAUGGGCGAAGGAAGAAGCAGCUUGGUUGAAGACAACUUUAUUUUCUUCCCAUCUCUCUCUACUUGAGCUUAGAAAGGAAAGUGCCGUACUUCUUCCUCAGAGCCCCAUUACAGCUGCUUUUGCCAUGAGCUUUACCCUUCUCUCUCUGUGUGCAUUUUUCUUUGUUCUGCUAUGAUUGGAUAGGAGGAGAAGCAAGGGGGAUAGUCUGCGGACUGUCUGUUGGUCAACAGACGUUGUUGUGGGGAUUUAAAUGUGCUGGCCUGGGGAAGGUUGAGGCUGAGGGACAGGAAGGGGUUCUUCUGUCCUCGACUGGAUAUCUGCUGGUCUGUACAAACAUAGUUUGGUGCCAACUUCACUUUUUUUUUUUUAUCUGAAUGAUAUUGUAGGCAAUAAGUUGACCCAGGUUGCAGUGUGUUUGGGUUGUUCACACAAUGGUCAAUGGUUUUCUGGAUCCAUUGGAGUUUACUGUCUAUGUAAAAACAAAAGACACAGACUCCGUCUGUGUACUUCACAAUCCCCAUCAGUCUUUCAGUCCUCAUUAAUAUUGAUCAAUGUUAUCAACUCCUGUCAUGUUAUUGAUGUGAAAACUCCAAGGUCUAAUUUUAUAGUUCAGUGUUUACAGACUCAUUUUGAGUUUUAGUGUGUGUGAGUGGGACAAGAGGAACUGAACUGGGCUACACACAGAGGAAUACUCAUUGCUGGUUUUUCUACUCUUCAUAACUAAAACCCCUUUCUUUCUGAUGUUGCUGUUAUGUGUUAGCAAGUAGUAGGCUAGUUCAGCCAUAUAAAGACCAUUCUGUCUGGAGAAACCGAGUCAAAUUUGAACACAAGCCUUUCUUUUCAUAGUGCCUUUAUUGUACAUGGGGGACAUCGGCUAAACUGGGAAAUAAUAGAAGACUAACGUUAUUUGAAGGCCAAACCAUGUUAAAUUCAUCAUUAGCUUCCUAACAGACCAGAGAGAGCCGUCGAAACACACUGCCCCAGAGUAUUGUUAAAUCUACAAAGCUGAUGAUGAUGAUGAUGAUGGUGGUCAAGCUAGAGAGGAGUGGAGUAGCCCCAAUGACUUAACAUGGAAGGACUUCCUGAUUUUUAAAACAUGAACAAUAAAAAUAUCCAAAAUGAGUCAGUCAUGCUGUGUGGUCUGCUCGGUUCUGUCAAUCCCUCUGUGUGCCCGAUGAAUAACGUGUAGAGAAGGAUGCUUCCCAAUUAACCUCUAAUUCCCUGUUCCAUUUAGGAUCUAUCCCAAAUGGCAACUUAUUCCCCUAGAGCCCUAUAGACCUUGAUCAAAAGUAGUGCACUAUAUAGGAAAUAGUGUGCCAUUUGAGAUUCUAUCAAGAGUAUUGAUGUAUGUUGCAGUACCAUUGUUUGCACCCCCAGACAGACAAGAACUCUGGCUAUAUGUGGGUUGUCUCUCACCAUCCAGGUGUUGCUGCUGUGUAUGUUUGUGUGUGAGACUGCUUCGGGAUGCUUGCAGGGUCUAUUCCUUUGCCUGCAAAUUCUAUUAUUUGCCUGUUCAAAUUGAAGGUGCAAAUGGUAGAUUUACUACCAUGAUCACGUUUUGCGGUUUCUUUUUAGUUUCUUUUUUAAAGAAAUAACAUUCACCCAUUUAUGCCAUCCCCUUCCACUCCCAACUAUUUUGCUGUACAAUUACUAUAAGGAAGUCUAGAGUGAUUUAUAGAUGGCACAAACAACUGGAUGGCUCCAGGGUUGUGGUCAAUUCACUUACAUUUUCUUAAAUUAAGGAAGUAAACUUAAAUUCCAAUUCAUUGCUUCUCAAAGAAGAGAAUUGGCUCUUCAGUUGACUUCCUGAAUUGACAAAGUAGAAUGGUUCCCAACCCUGUCUGUUCCAAUGUCCUGAGAACCGAGGACUUCACUUUGGUGAUAUCAAAUGACUUUAAUAUUAUAGUUUCUUUGGAGUCCUCUUUUAUAUUUUACAUAAGCACUUUUUUUUUUUUCAAAAGAAUAAUACUGCAAGUGUCCUUUUAGUAGACAUCCUGUACUAAAUGGCUUAAUCUACUAUUGUACAUAUAAUGUACUUUUAUUUGAUCUGUGUAUUAUUAAAUGGUAGAUGCCCCUGUGUACAUACAGGAAACAAAGGUUAUUAGCUACUGCAGACAGUUUGGAUGUGGCACAGACUACAAUAUGUGACUAUUUUGCAUUUAGAGCAGUUAAGAAUUUGAAUUAUAAUAUUUUUUUAUCGCUUUGUAAUUAAACAAUUUGUUUUACAGCAUUUAAAAAAUGUGAAGUGAUCCUACAUUAGCAUUUUGUGAGCGCUUUUAUAAAAAAAAACAGCUGUGUACAUCAACAUAUAUGGUAAAUAAAGAAUGUGUUUUUUAUAUUUUCAUCCAAGAA